AUGUCUGGCAAAGAAAACCAACAAAAUAUUCGGGUUGCUGUUCGUUGUCGACCUUUAAAUAAGCAAGAAAGAGAGAAGGGUGCACAAUCAUGCGUCGAGUGCAGCCGGUACAAAGUAACUGUAGGAGAAAAGGGCGUAUCGAAGGUGUUUACCUUUGAUCAUGUCUUCAAUCAUCUUUCGAAACAAAUAGAUGUGUACAAAAGUAUGGUUGCACCGAUGAUCGAUGAAAUAAUAAUGGGCUAUAAUUGCACGAUCUUUGCAUAUGGUCAAACAGGAAGCGGGAAAACUUUCACUAUGACUGGUGAAAGAUCAGAUAAGUUGAGAUACACAUGGGAAAGUGACCCAUUGUCAGGAAUCAUCCCACGGGCUCUUAGCCAAUUAUUUGAAACCUUGCAGUCAAAUGGUUCUGACUUUUCUGUCCGCGUAUCCUUCUUAGAAGUUUACAACGAAGAGCUGUUUGAUCUUCUUUCAGUCACGGAUGAUACAGUUCGUCUUAUGAUAUACGAUGACGUGAACCGCAAAGGCUCUGUCAUCAUCAAGGGCCUCCGUGAAGUUAUGGUUCUGAACAAGGAUGAUGUGUAUGGCGUCAUUGAACGGGGUCUCGCGAGACGACAAACUGCAGCGACGUUAUUAAACGCUCAGUCCAGUCGUUCCCACUCCAUUUUCACUGUUACUCUUCACAUAAAGGAAGUAAAUCCGCUAACUGACGACGAGUUGCUGCGCAUUGGCAAACUUCAUCUUGUUGACCUUGCGGGAAGUGAAAAUGUUGGCAGAUCGGGUGCUAUUGAUAAAAGAGCUCGCGAAGCCGGGUCGAUUAACCAAAGUUUGCUAACUCUGGGACGUGUGAUUACGGCACUUGUUGAACGCGCACCUCACAUACCAUACAGAGAAAGUAAAUUAACACGUCUAUUGCAGGAUUCACUUGGGGGACAUACCAAAACUUCAAUAAUUGCAACGAUAAGCCCUGCCAUGACUUCUCUAGAGGAGACACUUUCAACGUUAGACUAUGCUCACCGAGCUAAGAAUAUUGAAAACCGACCAGAGAUUAAUGCGCGGCUGAACAAAAGCAUCCUAGUAAGAUGUUAUAACGAAGAAUUAGAGCGUUUACAACGAGAUCUCGAUGCUGCCAGGACGAAAAAUGGCAUUUUUGUAGAUGAGGACAAUUACAGGGCGUUACAAUCACAGAUCGCCGACCAAAGAAGUCGCAUAGACGCACUUGAAGAAAGAAAAGAAAAUUUAUUAGAGGAAAUCCACCAGUUUCAAGAAUUGUUCACUGUUACUCAAGAAGAGCUCAAUGAAACGCGCAUGCUUAAAGAAAAAGUGGAAAAUGAAUUGAUUGCUUGUCAAAAAGAUUUAGAGACUCUACGUGCACGAUUCUUGAAGUUAAAACAGCGUUACGAAGAAACAGAUUAUCUGCGUGAGGAGCAUAAAAAAACUGAAUCACUUCUUCAUGAACAAACAACUUCAUUAUUAUCAACAGCAGAUACUGCUGUUAGUGAUGUUAACGGUUUGCACCAAAAGGUGGCCCGCCUUACUGUUCUGGAUAAAGAAAAUCUCGAGCGUCUGAAUACGUUGCCCAAUAAUUGGCUACCUGAGCGUUUAAAACCUUCAAUUUCUGAUAUUUCUGCACUUGCUUCGGAAAUGCAGCAUUUCUGUUAUUAUGUUCGUGAUAGCACAAAUGACUUAAGAGAGAAACUUGUACAAUCAGCGUGUGAAACAGUACAGGUGCAACGGCAAAUGAUACAGAAGUUACGUACUUUUUUGGCCAAUGAGUGUACAGAUGAUGCUAGACAACUCAAAGAGUUCUCUGAUAACCAGGCUACUGAAGCAAAAACUUGUCUUGAAACAAUCAUAGUUCCGAAAUUUAAAGCUCUUCAGGAACUUCUUACAUCUCUUACCAAUAGCGCAGAUGAUUUGGAUCGGAAUUUCGCUACUCAGGUAGCUGCUUAUCGUGAAUCAGAUCAAAAAUUACACUCUACUAUCGAACAACUGGAUCAGUUCGCUUCACUAUCAGCUUCAUUCGUACUAAGUGAAGCGGAAUAUGAUAAAGAAAUACAGAAUCAAAUGGACUGCUGUAAAGUGCAACAUAAUAAACUGCUCGAAGAACUCGAAUCACUAAAGGAUAAAGUGAAAAUGUUAACUACCAAACAUGAUUCAAUUUCAGAACAACUGUCGUUACGCUUAUCUCGACUGACAGAAUUUUCAAGAUCCAAUCAAAGCAAAGUUGAAGAAAUGAAAUCUUCUCUAUUCAGUACACAACAAAGUACCUUGGAUGAUGUUUGUAUGGCACAUAACUCGAAUAAGUUGUCUGUAAAUCAUUUGAAGGAUAUGAUGCACACUAUUUCACAUGAUCAUGGCGAACUGAAAGAAGACGUAGGAAGUUGCUUGGAAAAUAUUUGCAAAGGCGCGGAACACUUAACUUGCAAUGGUCUUGGUGGAAAUCUCUUGAAAAGGGCGUCGAUUUGGCAAAUGCAGAAUCAGGAAAAUAUUGACGGUCACGCAUUUGGUCUCACUAAAGACAUAGAGAGUUCUGUGCAUAACAAUGUUUUCAAUCCUCUGCAAAAUCAUACCCGUGUUCUGUUAGGUUUAGAAACCGCUGGCUGCGAAUUCAGUAAGGAAUUCACUCAAGGUUUUGAAGCUGUCGAAACAGAUUUAAGCAAUAUACCAGGAGAGAUGGAAGAUAUGCUUAAAGGAAAUUAUCAUAUUUAUGUUCCAACAGGUGAAACACCACAGUAUCGAAGCUUUUCAUAUCCAAAGGAAUUUCCUAAAACUGCAUCUUAUCGACGUAUUCUGAAAGAAUAUCGCUUGAACAGAAAUCUUCAAGAUGCAAAUGAUCUAGCGUUUAUUCCUCUCCCUAGUGAGGAUUUUUCUUUCACUACAGACUUCAAUGAAUCAACAUUUAUUGAAGAACAGGUCUCGUCUUUCAAACCUGAAUCAACAAGUGGUGAUCAUGAUGCGGUUUCUGUUUCGACCAAUGGACUAGACUCCGGGAUUACUUCCGUAGCUGGUGACAUUGAAACCAAGAAAUCUGUCCCACAACAGAUUACCAGUGGAGGAGUGAAAAGAAAGCCAAAGAGUGUUAAGGGUAAGAAGAAUCCAGGUGUGUUGGGCAAGAAACAGCCUUUCAAACGGUGA